AUGUUACAAGCUUCAAAACAAGAUGAAGAGGGAAACCUCCAAGGCAAAUCAGCCUUCCUCGUCUGAUCAACCUGCUACAAAUAUAACCCCACCAUCGGCAGGUGGGACUUCGGGGGCAAACUCUCCAUGGGCAUGACAGCCCAUCCCAAGAAGGACCCCAUCACCGGCGAGGUUUUCGCAUUCCGUUGCUGCCCGGUACCUCCCUUCGUCACCUACUUCCGUUUCGACGGCGAAGGAAAGAAGCAGCCGGACGUGCCGAUCUUCUCCGUCAGGCACCCCUCCUACCUCCACGACUUCGCCAUCACCGAGAAGUAUGCCAUCUUCUGCGACAUGCAGAUCGUAAUGGAGACGUUACAGAUGGUGCUCGGUAGUGGGUUUCCCUUUGGUACCGACGCUAGGAAGGUGCCCAGGGUCGGUAUACUACCGCGGUACGCGGCGUCAGACAGUGACAUUAGGUGGUUCGACGUGCCCGGAUUCAAUCCGGUGCACACCAUCAACGCGUGGGAGGAUGACGGCGGCGACACCGUGGUACUGGUGGCGCCCAACGUGCUGUCCCUGGAGCAUGCGCUGGACAGGAUGGAGCUGGUUCACUGCUGUGUGGAGAUGGUUAGGAUCGACCUCAGGACCGGGGCCGUGUCCCGGACCCCACUUUCUGCAGGAAACCUCGACUUCGGCGUGAUCAACCCUUGCUACCUGGGCCGCCGAAACCGCUACGCGUACCUCGGCGUGGGGAGCCCGCAGCCGAUGGUGGCUGGGGUGGUGAAGCUAGACAUGGUGAAGAAGGGCGUUGACUGCGUGACCGCGUCACGAAUGUACGGUCCCCGGAGGUUCGGCGGCGAGCCAAUCUUCGUGCCUGCGCCGGAUGAGGGCGAGGAGGAGGACGAUGGGUACCUGGUGACGUACUUGCACGACGAGAACACGGGGGAGUCGAGUUUCCUCGUGAUGGACGCGAGGUCGCCGGACCUGCAGGUGGUCGCCGAGGUGUCCUUACCGCGACGGGUGCCCUACGGUUUCCACGGCCUCUUCAUCACGGCGGCGGAGCUCCGCGCACAGAAGGGGAAACCCUAG